UCAGAGUGGCGCCUUCGCAGUUGGCGCGGGAGUUUGUCUUGAAAAAACCGACGGUACUUGGCAGCUCAUUUUGUCACGACAGCGGCGAGACAGUUGUGUCAUUCAUUUUGCAUAUUAGAGUUUGAACGGGAACUGUGUCGUGGGAAGUGAUGAGAUUUCUCCAGGUGCCUAGAGGUAGACGGAGAAGUGAAAUGGAAUCGAUUCGAAAUUUUCGUCGCACGGGUUUUCCCGAGGAGAGUUCGAGCUUCUGAAUGAAGUCGAGCUUUUCUCUUACCUGCACUCCAUGGCGAGCGAAAGCUCGAAUCGCAGUGAGCAGUUAUGGAUUCCUCUGCCUACACUGCCGCGAAUAUCUGUCGUAUCCAGCUCGCGCGCUCGAUUGGCACACCGCAGACCGAUUUCAAUUUCACUGCCUGUCAAAGCGCCGAGCUCAUCUCCUCAGUUGGGUGGAGAGAGCUCCGAUGUCUUGAAUCCUUCCCAACAACAAUUUCCUUUCGCACGCCCCGCCGAAGUCAGUCAAGUUGUCCCUCUCAUUGCUUCUCUGCCUGCCUCUGUCUCGAUUUCUGAGAAUCGUUUAGGUUCAGUAGAUUCUGCAAGAGGUUUUCUAAAAAACUGUGAGCGGUCCGAUCCAUUGGCCGCAUUUUCGGCUGGCGGAUCUCCUUUGGAAAAUACUGAGGAUACGUCAGUCUCAUCAGUCCUUGACGAUAAUACUGGCAAUGACUGCUUAGAUGGUAACACUGGGCUAGUCCCUUCUAGUGAGACUGGAUCAGCUAAACUCUGCGACGUUUCCAGUAUAAAAUCUCAGGAGGAGCCGUCGGAGGGUCUCUCUUCUUCUUGUGCUUUUGUGGUGGAUUCCGUUAUUCAAAAGCAGCAAGGAACGAGCGUGCAGGAACUGUUGCUAAUUGAGUCCAACGCUCUGAUAGAUUGUGGAGAGGCUGGAAAUUUUAUUCAGUGUUACGAUCCACUACUGCCCUGUGCUGAUCAAGCUGCACGCUGUGAAGACAUUGCAUCAUCGGUGCAGAAUUCGACGCUGGACGUGGAGGUAGCUGAAUUGAAUAAUAAAAUAGGGCUCAAUUCUGAAGAAAGCGAACCUGAGGAAGGCCAGCUUCCAGGGGAAUGGAGUGGAAGUGAUGACUCGGUAGAACAUAGAAGUCCGAAUUGUGAUGUAAAUGAAAAUUAUAGCACUAUCUCUCUCGCUGGAGAAGAAGAUUUUGCAGCUCCGCUAGUGGCAGUGUGUACGCAGACACAGUUUCGAUCCGAAGAAAAUUCUUCUCUUCCUGGCUCUUUAAAUUCAGGAUACACAGCACUACCGAGCAGAAUGACAGAAACGGCCAAGAAGAAGAAGAAGAAGAAACACAAGAAAGGGGAAGGAUCUAAGAAAAGAGCUAGAGAAAAAUCAAGUCAAAAGUAUAAAGAGUUGAAAAGCAAGAAGCUCAAAUCCAUUGCUGGUGAGCACCUAGGUAAGUCUCUGGUCGAAAGACUCGGACAGAGUGAGAACCCUGAUUUGCAGAACGUAAAGAGGGACAGUGCAGAAACUGAAAAUCAAGAGUCCAAGACUCAGAAAAGUAGCAGCUCAAGGGACGUGCUCGAAGAAGGCGAAAUUUCUGAGCCCACCCAGAUCAGCAAUGGCAUACUGUUUUCUCUUGUUGAAGAUGAAGUAGGUCUGUGGACUACAGAUGAUAUCGACGAUCAGUUGGUUGCUCAGAUGGAAGAAGAUGGUGCUGUGAAGAAAAAACGUGGACCAGAAACUGCUGAGCGAAUGCUGAAGAGAAAGAUUGCAAAGCGCAAGAAACGAGCGCAGAAAGAAAGAGAAUUAGGAAUUAGGCGACCCCCACGGAAUUACGUGAGCAAGCCUGUAAAAGUGCUUUGCACACACUUUAUGAAGGGGCGAUGUGCAAAGGGUGAGAACUGCACGUUUUCACACGAUGGGGUACCAUUGACAAAGCAAGAGCCCUGUAAAUUUUUAAUGAGUCACUCAUGCCUUAAAGGAGACGAUUGUCCCUAUUCUCACGACCUCAAGGCUUUUCCUUGCAAAUUUUUUCAUACGCGAGGCUUAUGCUAUGACGGGGACAGCUGUCUUUUCUCUCAUGGGCCGAUAAGUGAAGAAGCACGCGAGAAGAUACUCAAGCGUGUUGAGAAGGAAAAGAAGGAACGUGCCAGUAAUGGCUGUGGACUUGAAAUACCGACACCUUUAUUUUCAUCUCCUUUGCCUGCAGAGGAUGAUCCUGAUCCUUUAGGGUGGGGAACCUCAAACUCAUGCCCUAGUUUCGACGUGGAUUUACCGCAAGGAAGACCAGGAAUAAUUGAACUAUCACGUGACUACAUUGGUGAAGCUGGAUGCGGGGAUCUUGUUGAGAAUAGCCAUCAUGCUUACAGCAACUUGGAGACUUCAUCUUACCCGGGAGUAAAUUUCGCACAAGAUAUCUCUCUUUAUGAUUCUCAUCUUCCUGGUAAGGACAACAGAGAUGAAAAGCUCGAUUAUGUAGGUGAGAAAUGCAGUAGCUCGCAGCAGACCACAUUCUCAACCGCUACUCUUGAUGCAGCCGAGACGGAUCUAACUUCAUCCAGGGAAGUUUCUGCGCUGAAUACAGCAGGACCUCUGUUUCCGUUUCAGAGGGGAUGUGUGUUUGAAAAUGGAGUUCUCGAGCAUAAGAAGUCAGUUCCAAGUUUGACGCAAACCACAGAAAGUAGAAAGCUUACCAUAGAGAAUCUCUUGGGUGAAGUUUUGAGACACUGAAUACAAUAUUUCAUAAUUUUGUACAUCAUUUUACAUCAAGUGCC